AUUUUGACUUUUUAUUCGUAUCAGAAGGGGUGGACUUGAUAAAAUAAGGUUUUUUCUCCAAAAACAUAAAAUGACUGACGUUGAUAAGUGGAUUGAGAUUGCUAAAAGAUGUAAAUAUCUCCCUGAAGAUGAUUUACGCGAGCUGUGCAAUAUCGUUUGUGAUUUAUUACUCGAGGAACCGAAUGUACAACCGGUUCAGACCCCUGUCACCGUUUGUGGAGACAUUCAUGGACAGUUCUAUGAUUUAGAAGAACUCUUCCACAUUGGAGGUCAAGUGCCACACACUAAGUACAUCUUCAUGGGAGACUAUGUGGAUCGUGGUUACUACAGUUUAGAAACAUUAACCCUGCUUAUGGCACUAAAGGCUAGAUACCCAGACAGAAUUGUCCUGUUAAGAGGAAACCAUGAGACAUGCCAAAUAACAAAAGUAUAUGGAUUUUAUGAUGAAUGUCUUAACAAAUAUGGAAAUGCAAAUGCAUGGAAAGAUUGCUGUCGAGUGUUUGACCUACUAACUGUUGCAGCACUUAUUGAUGAAACAGUAUUGUGUGUCCAUGGAGGACUUUCUCCUGAAAUAUCAAUGUUAGACCAAAUUCGCUGUAUAGACAGGAAUCAACAAAUACCUCACAAAGGAGCUUUCUGUGAUUUGCUAUGGUCCGACCCUGCAGACCUCAAGAUGUGGUCAGUAAGCCCUCGAGGUGCAGGAUGGUUGUUUGGGAGUUUUGUAACAGAACUUUUCAUGGACUAUAACAAUUUAACUUUAAUAUGCCGUGCACAUCAACUUGUUAAUGAAGGAUUUAAAUACAUGUUUGACAAGCGACUGGUCACCGUGUGGUCAGCGCCGAAUUAUUGUUACCGUUGUGGCAACGUUGCUUCCAUUCUGGAAUUCAAAACUGUGAAUGAUAGAAAUCCAAAAUUAUUCCAAGCUGUCCCAGACAGUGAACGAGAAGUCCCUCCACAGCACACGACACCUUAUUUCCUCUAAGUAUUAUGUGUAAGAAAAAGUGAUAGUAGAACAAAAAGAAAGACGAAAAGUAUUCCAAGUGAAAUG